GUGCUCAUCUUUCUGGCCAGCUCGCCAGCUCACCCGGCUCGAGUCUUGAGAGAACUAUUCAUUCCAGUUGGAGGGUCCGUUCGGGCGUGCAACGCAAACCUGUUCAAUCACCACUGCAUUCCCGUUGAAGCCUUACCAUGAACGAUAACCCCAAGCAUAUCGUCCAAGAAGCCUAUGACCACGUCGCGGAGUGGUACCUCCGCUGGAUCGAUGGGCAGAUCUCCCCGCGCGAGCGCUACGCCGCCAAGGUCCUGCAGCACGCGUUGUCGCCACAACAACCACAACAACAACAACCACCCGAAACACAACAACCUCCAUCACCGCGACCGCGGCCGCGCAUCCUUGAUCUAGGCUGCGGCCCCGGCAUACCGGUGACGCGGCUGCUGCUCGACGGCGGCGCCGACGUCGUGGCCAACGACAUCUCGCCGAAGCAGCUGGCCAUGGCGCGCGAGCGGUGUCCGCAGGCGCACUUCGUCGGCGGCGACGCGGCGGCGCUGGCGUUCGAGCCGGCCAGCUUCGACGGCGUCGUCAGCUUCUUCACCAUCUUCCACCUGCCGCGCGCGGAGCAGAAGGGCCUGCUGGCCAAGGUCUGCGCGUGGCUCAAGCCCGGGGCCCUAUUUGCCUUCAACCUCGCGACGGUGGACGAGGAGGAGAUCUACGGCGAGUUUCUGGGGCACGGCAUGUUCUGGAGCAGUUAUGGGGUUGAGGCGAACGUGGCGAUGGUCAGGGAGGCCGGGCUGGAGGUCGUGGAGGUGGAAGUGCUCGAGAGUGAGCCGGACGAGGGGAUCGAGUUUAUGUGGGUUGUGGCGAGGAAGGGGUUGGGGGGUGAACCUCAGUAGUACCUUAGCGCGGCAGGGGGGGGGUGGCAAAAUGAUCUCUGGGACCAUUUUGGAGCGUCAAGAUAUUUCACCUAGAAAACAGGCUCCUACCGGUCCCGAAUUCAAGAUAUCUUUUUAAGAAAAUGAUUUUCAACUAAGAGGAUUAAUUCAAAUAGAAUAGAAAUUUA